AACUCCGCGUUUUGGCAGUGGAAGUGAAAUAAACCAAUCCAAGAGUUAUUUUUCUAUUGAGAAGAGAGAAGUGGAUUUUUUUUUUUUUCCUUUGGAUUCCAACCUUUUCUCCCAGUGACAAAGCAUAAAUCAUGGACACCAGAGAAUAAGGUGGGCCUCAGGAGCCCUGAAAAGACUCAGAGGAUUACCUUCUUCCUCAGGAGGGAAGGGCGGGGUGUUUUUAGUCCUGUCUGGAACCUAAAACGAAAAACAUGAGUUGUGUGCCGUGGAAAGGAGACAAGGCCAAAUCGGAAUCAUUGGAGCUGCCCCAGGCAGCACCCCCACAGAUCUACCAUGAGAAACAGCGCAGGGAGCUUUGCGCCCUGCAUGCCCUCAACAACGUCUUGCAGGACAGCAAUGCCUUCACCCGGGACACGCUGCAAGAUAUUUUCCAGAGGUUGUCUCCAAAUACCAUGGUGACACCCCACAAGAAGGGCAUGCUGGGAAAUGGGAACUACGAUGUGAACGUCAUCAUGGCAGCCCUUCAAACCAAAGGCUACGAAGCUGUUUGGUGGGACAAGCGCAGGGAUGUCAGUGUCAUUGCUCUCACUAAUGUCAUGGGCUUCAUCAUGAAUCUGCCCUCCAGCCUGUGCUGGGGUCCAUUGAAGUUGCCUCUCAAAAGGCAGCACUGGAUCUGCAUUCGAGAGGUGGGAGGUGCCUACUACAACCUCGACUCCAAACUCAAGAUGCCGGAGUGGAUUGGAGGCGAGAGCGAACUCAGGAAAUUUCUAAAACAUCAUUUGCGAGGAAAGAACUGUGAACUCCUGCUGGUGGUACCGGAAGAGGCCCAUCAGAGUUGGAGGGCUGACGUGUAACGCGAUUCUGCCCUACCUUCCCUCACCUCAGCCCCUUAAGCCUCCGGGGUGUGCUGUGGCCUACACAGUGGGUCUGCCCUUGCCAGUUCCCCAAAUAUCUCGUCAGGUUCCCCUCCUCAGAUCUGACAGUGCAAUAGGAAAGAUGUGUGGACUGUUAGAAUAACCACCACCAGCGUUACUUGUUCCUGGGAGAGGAAUGUGGGCGCUCUGUGUGCUUAGGGCAAGCCAUCAACGAUCCUUGGUUUUAAGAGGCAGGAGGACAAAGGAGGAUGGGGUCUAGUUUUUUUUCUCCUUUCCUGUGAGGACUUGACAGGGGCUCUGCUGGAGUUAACCAGUCACUGCUGCUCCAGACUCACCUGGAGAUGCUGCCUCCAUCUCACCUUUCCUGGCAAAUCAGUG